AAAAAAAAAAAGGAAUAUUAACUCCAGCUUGUUCCUUUCAAAGAAAAAUCUGACCCUUUUUGUUCCUCUUCACCUUUCUCUCUCCUUAAUGGUUUUAACAGAGCAGCACAGCAGCAAUUCCAUUUCCAUCAAACUGAAAAGAAGAAACUACAAAAACUCAGAGAGAGGAAGUAGACGAAGCUAGAGAAACAAAAAUCGACCAAAUUAAAUUUGGGAUGUGCAUAACAGAAAUAGCAAAGAAAAUAUGACAUGGUGCAGUCAAUCCAAUGGUGAAACAGUCCUCCCUAUUAUAUCAUCAGAGGAAAAUAAUGUUAUGAUCACCUCAAAAAGAUUCAUAACUUGCCCUUCAUGUGGACAUAGCAUAGAGCUUGAACAUCAGAGGGGAAUACUACAUGAUUUGCCUGGUCUACCAGCUGGAGUGAAGUUUGAUCCAUCAGACCAAGAGAUUCUUGAGCAUUUAGAAGCAAAGGCCCUAUCAGACACACAUAAAAUUCAUCCACUUAUUGAUGAUUUCAUUUUGACCAUUGAUGGCCAAAAUGGUAUUUGCUAUACUCAUCCACAGAAAUUACCAGGAGUGAGCAAGGAUGGUCAAGUGCGUCACUUCUUUCACAGGCCAUCAAAGGCAUACACAACGGGGACUAGAAAACGUCGAAAGGUCGACACUGAAAUUGAUGGUGGUGAAACAAGAUGGCACAAAACAGGCAAAACAAGGCCAGUUUACAUAAGUGGUGUUCUCAAAGGUUACAAGAAAAUAUUGGUACUCUACACAAAUUAUGGUAGGCAAAGAAAGCCUGAGAAGACAAAUUGGGUAAUGCACCAAUAUCACUUAGGUGAAAGUGAGGAGGAAAAAGAUGGAGAAUUAGUUGUUUCAAAAGUUUUCUACCAAACACAACCUAGACAAUGUGGAUCAUUAAGCAUAAGAAAAGUACCAGUACUUGACAACAACAAGUCAAGAUCUUUAAGCAGGCAAGAUAACCCUGUCCUGAAAACAACAAACUUCGUCGAUUAUUAUAGUCUUGAUCCUUUCAUUUCAUACAAUGUUGGGAGCCAAAAUAGAGAUAGCUCACCUCAGCUAAUCCAAAAUUUGGUUGUUCAUGGUGAUAGCUCAUCCUUUAUUAUUCCUUCAGAAGCAAGGAAAGAGAAAUGAGAAAGUAGGAAGCAAAAAGGAAGUUAUUAUUAAGAUAAAAGAAAAAAUGGAAAGGACUAUUGGUGGUUGUUGUAAUGUAUAAUACUGUCGAGGUAGUAGUCUAAUAAGUUAAAGAUUGAACCAACUAAUGAGGAUGGAGGAAUAAAAUGUUUACUUUUAACUCAUGAGAAAUCUACUUUCUUUCUUACUAAUGCAUAGUCAGUCUUGUUUAGGACUUCUUUUUGUUUUGUUUUUAAGGGUAGACGUGUUCAUUAUUAUUCAUCUUUUUCCUCAUGAUUUAUGUAUUUAAGAUGUAAAGGUGAACAACUACGUCUUCUGCUUAAUAUAAUUAAAUUUUUCUUUAUA